UGCUGGACACAGCUGUCUUUGUUUAAUUUAAUUAUUACUAGUUUAGCCUCCAUUUUGUCGACGUGGACGUCAGGCAUUGGUGUUAUUUUAACACUCGAGUUAGCUACCAACUGCCGACUGCUAGCUAACUUGGUUAGGAAAUGAACAGAGCAUUGUCCUGGGGACUAAUGCUGCAGUUGAGGCGUAGUUUGAGUUGUUGUGCUUCUUAUUGUCAGGUGAUGACCAACCCGGAGGAUAUUGCCAAAUUGUACAGACAGCUCAGCCUCUUUCCCUCACUGACCAGGGCAGACGUAGGACCUGUCAUCACCUCCCAGUAUGGAGGCGAAUACAGCAACAUAUACACAGAAUGGAGCCAACGUGAUCUGGAGAGGAAUGAGACUGUCAAGUUUUGUAAGCAGUACAUUGUGUUCCAUGAUAACAAGUCGGUGGUCUUCUCGGCACCAUCAGGGAACUGCACAGAGCUUCAAGGAGUCUUGCUAAGUAAAGAUGCACCUUCUGGAGAAAUGAAGGCAGUUGUUAGGAAGAUCACAACCAAAGGAGAGGACAACCAGUUUCUGGAGAUUUGGAGUAAAAACAUCAAGAUGAAAAGCAUCAAUCUAACAUCUUUAAAGAAACAUGGGAACGUUUAUGAAGAUGAAAACUUUGGUUGCUUGGUGUGGUCCCACUCGGAGACCCACCUCCUAUAUGUGGCUGAGGAAAAGAGACCAAAGGCAGAGUCUUUCUUCCAGAAGGAGUCUUCAGUGCUGUCUUCUACUGUGGAUGAAGACGACUCUUCAGAGAGAAAGGCUGUCAAAGGGAAUCAGUUUGUGUUCUAUGAGGACUGGGGAGAGACACUGGUUCAUAAGAGCCACCCAGUGCUCUGUGUUCUGGACAUCGAGAGUAACAACGUUUCCGUGUUAGAGGGAGUGCCUGAGAACAUCUCACCAGGACAGGCGUUUUGGGCGCCAAGCGACACGGGUGUGGUGUUUGUCGGAUGGUGGCACGAACCCUUUAGACUCGGCCUCAAGUUCUGCCCAAACAGGAGGUCGUCGUUGUUCUACGUAGAUCUCACCGGAGGGAAAUGUGAGCGGUUGUCAUCUGGAACCAGCGGAGUGUCCUCUCCCAGGCUGAGCCCAGACCAGUGUCGAAUUAUCUAUCAAGAAUAUUCUGUUUAUGGACCACACAUGCAAUGUAGCCGACUAUGUAUGUAUGAUUGGUAUACGAAGAAGACCUCAGUGGUGGUGGAUGUGGUGAAGAGACCCGGAGAGGAUGGCUUCACCGGCAUCUACUGUAGUCUGCUUCCACCUAAAUGUUGGUCAGCUGACAGUCAGCGUAUUAUUGUUGCCUGUCCUCAGCGCAGCCGCAAGGAGCUCCUGAUGGUGGAUAUAAACACAAGAAGUGUUACUUCUCUGACUUCGAAGUCGGACAUAGGUUCCUGGCAUCUGUUGACUGUCGAGAGAGAUCUGAUAGUGGCAAGCUGCUCCUCCCCGAACUGCCCUCCAAGUCUGAGGGUAGGUUUCCUUCCGGGCACCAGUUCUCAGGAGGAAGUGGUCUGGGUCACAUUGGAGGAAUCUCAAACAUUGCCCGAAAUUGAUUGGCAGAUCUUGACUUUUAACCCACCCCCAGAGGAAGACAACAGCCAGUACCCUGGCCUCGACUUUGAAGCUUUGCUGAUUAAACCAAAGGAGCCGAAGGAUGACGUGAAGCUGCCUCUUAUUGUGUAUCCUCACGGGGGUCCGCACUCGGUGAUUGUAGCUGACUGGCUCCUAUCCAGUGCCGUGCUCUGCAGGAUGGGCUUUGCUAUGUUAUUAGUGAACUAUCGCGGCUCGCUUGGAUUUGGCCAGGAUAAUAUCUUGUCGUUGCCUGGCAAUGUUGGCAUUCAGGACGUGAAAGAUGUUCAAUUUGCAGUUGAAAGUCUUCUCAAAGGUGAUAAAUUCGAUCGGGAGAAGCUGGCCGUUUACGGCGGUUCCCACGGCGGUUUCUUAGCCUGCCACCUCAUUGGCCAAUAUCCUGGUUUCUACAAGGCUUGUGUCGCUCUCAACCCCGUCGUCAAUUUGGCCUCGAUGGUUGGCAGCACAGACAUCCCAGACUGGUGCAUGUCUGUGACUGGCUAUGACUACGGUACGGAUAGUCUUCACGACGCUGCUGUUUGGGAGCAAAUGUUGGACAAAUCUCCAAUCAAACUCACUCCACACGUGCAGACCCCGGUCUUGCUCUUAUUAGGGGAAGAUGACAAGCGUGUGCCUCACAAACAAGGAAUUGAAUAUUACAAAGCCUUGAAAACAAAGCAGGUCCCAGUCCGCUUACUGAUGUACCCAGGAAACAACCAUUCCCUGUCCAAUGUGGAUGCCGAGUCCGAUGGCUUUGUGAACAGCGCUUUGUGGAUCACACAACACUUAAAUAAACAGAUUUGAUUGUCCGUGCUAGGAAAAA